AUGGCUGUAUAUAAAAGAGGUGAAGUAUUGAUGAAAAUUCUUCUCGCACUUACAGGUUUGAACUUGCUUGCACAUACUAAUGCAAGAAUCGAGGUAUAAGAAGACAGAGACUUGACAGGUUGCAGUGUUGAGUUAAAUUCCUAUAUUUUCAGUCUUGCUGGUCUUAAGAGAUCAACUCCUAAGUUUACAAGUGCUUAUAAGGUUCAAUACAAUAAUGGCAAGGGAAAUAUUACUAUAGAUUUCAAUAUUUGUGACUAUUCUUUUAGAAAAUGCCCAGAUGAAGCAUCUGACUUUGCUAAUAUUAUAAAUGAAAAUAAUACUUGUAGCCAUAUGAGCAGUGGCUCCUUGUCUGAUGUUGGAGUUUCUUUAAUUGACAAUGAUAAGCCAGACCUAGGAUUGAGACUUAAUUUUACAGGAGGCAACAUGUGCAAUGAUACAGCUAAAUUUCAACUUCUUCUAUAAUUGAAUUGUGAUGAUUAUGCAUAAGGAACUUCCUAUAGCCUUGACACUUCAAGUUUAUCCUCACCUUGUACACCAAGAGUUAUCAUGACCUCUAAAGAAGCAUGCCCUAAAUUGUCACUUGGAUCUCUAUGGCAUUUCUUUAAUGAGAAUUAUUACAUUUUUGGUCUGGGAAUGAUGUGCUUAGGAGUAUUCUUAAUGAUAUCUGGCGGGAGAUUUUUCAAAUUUACCUUAUUCCUUACUGGCCAAGCAACUGUUGCUGGAUUUAUAUUAAUACUUAUGUUCGGCUCGGUUUACCCUACUAAUUCUCCUUAAUGGGUUGUCUGGCUUACUCUUAUAGUUAGUCUUGGUAUGGGAGCUGGUAUCGGAUAUGCUUGCAUGAGAUGGGUAAGGAUAGGAGUAUUGCUUAUAGGUACCUGGAUUGGAGGGCUUUUAGGAGCUAUUCUUUACAGUCUUGUCUUUUACUUGUUUGCUAAAAAUAACCCAAUUUUAGCUCUAUGGUUAACAAUAGCAUUUUGUGCUGUAAUAAUUGCAAUCCUUUCCAUGAUUUUCUUUGACCAUGCUGUAAUAAUCGGAUCAUCUCUUGGAGGAGCGUAUGUUUUUGUGAGAUUUGCAGGAGGAUAUCCAAAUGAGUUUUUGAUAUAUGAAAAUUACAAUAAUGGCACAAUAGGUCAGGUCAACCCAGUAUUCUUCAUUUAUAUCCUCUUUGUAAUUACUCUAAGUGUAAUAUCUGUUGUAUUCUAAAUAAAUCAACGUUCUCGCAACCUUGAAAUGUACAACUAUAGAAAAUAUGACUUCAAAUAUCGCAGAGCAUGA